GGGCGGGCUGCGGCGGCGGGCGGGCGGGAGCGGUGGCGCCGCCGCCAUGACGGAGAGGCGGCAGCGAGCCCGUGUGCAGGGCGGCUGGGCCGGCGCCCCGGCGGGACGGCUCUCAGCUCCUAAGGCGGCUGUGGCCAGCAGCCUUGCCCCUGCAGCUGCCAGACCGGCAUGGAUGAGGAAAGAUCAGCCUCACACUCAAAAGCAAUUUGUCUUUGAAAAGCCAUCCGAGGUGGAGCGCAAAGUUCCUGAGACAGGUGUGAUAGACAAGCCUGGUGUGUAUGAGCUCAGCAAAGUACCAAGUGGCAUUGCUAGGAUUCAUUUGAUUCCUGGCUUUAUUGACUCGGAACAAGCAGACUGGAUGUUUGAACAACUCCUGCAAGAUAUACCUUGGGGUCAGCGAACUCACAUCAGACAUGAAGUAUCUUUUGAGGAACCAAGGCUUACCUCCUGGUAUGGGGAACUUCCUUACACGUACUCCAGGAUAACAAUGCAGCCAAACCCAAAUUGGCAUCCUCUGCUGACCAUGCUAAAGGAGCGCAUUGAAGAGUUCACUGGCUAUACCUUCAACUCUCUUCUGUGCAACCUCUACCGAAAUGAGAAGGAUAGCGUAGACUGGCACAGUGAUGAUGAACCAUCACUGGGAAAAAAUCCUGUCAUUGCCUCACUCAGCUUUGGUGCUACCCGGACCUUUGAGAUGAGGAAGAAACCCUCCCCUGAAGAGAAUGGAGACUAUACUUACGUAGAAAGACUAAGAAUCCCACUUGAUCACGGGACUCUGCUGAUGAUGGAAGGAGCUACCCAGGAGGAUUGGCAGCAUCGAGUGCCUAAGGAAUAUCAUUCUAGAGAUGCACGGAUAAACUUGACCUUUAGGAUCAUUUAUCCAGAACCUGAUGGAGUUUGGAAGUGAAGAGGCACUUUGGGCAUUGUUGGAUAUAAACCCACAGCAGAUCCAGAGCCUCAGAUUGCUACAGUUUUAAAGGAAGCCGUACAGGAACAGAGUCCUAUGAAAUACCUGGUGGGGGAAAAGAAACAGUAUUAUGAAGAUCUUUGACAAUCAGAAGCUGCCUGUGUUAUGUGGACAGUGCUGUUUUGUUUUCAGAAAUGAUACGCUAUUAGAUGAUACUAAAUCACAGGCUUUAAGUUUGUGAAAAAACUAUCGUUCUUAAAAGAACACAAAGCACAUCAAAGAUCUGAGAGAUACUGACUGGAGCAGAAAGAUUCGGUGGGCAGUUAUUUUUGCACCUUUUCGUCUCCCCUUUGCUCCCCCAGGUAGUGAUCUAUGUUCUAAGUAACAACAAGACAGGAUUCUUUUAUGUAAAGCCAGCUGGAUGUGCUGUGUGUACAGAAAUGAGAAAGCUGCACUUCGUGAUCAUCUCUGAGUAUUGCUCAUUUCACCAAGGGGUAGUGUGUUGCUUUUCAUUUGUAGGUUGCAAAGUCUCUUCCAAUGAAGCAAUCAGUUUCGUUAUUUAUAUAACUACUUGAAUUACAGUAGUGUCUAGUAGAACAGAGGGUCAAGGCUCCCUUCUGCUCUGCACUCUGUGGUCAGGCUUUAUCCUAACCGUUUAUCCAUGUAGACAAGACAGACAAAGGCACGCAACAGAGACACUGUAGCCACAAGCCUUAUCAGCCAGGUCGAAGCUUCCCAUUGCUUGAGUGUUAACAGUCCUCCAUCCCUGCUGGCUUAAAACUGUUGCCUCUGUGUCAUAGGCAGGAAAAUAGACACAAAGAGAUGGAAAACAUUACUUUCAGAAUUUGCUAAAUUCUUAGUUUCUUUUUAGUUUUUCUUUUUAGAACAACUAAAUUGUGGCUUCCAGUGAUUUCAGGUGGGACAGGAAAUGUCAGCAUCUCUAAAAAUUAGGCUUGUGCUGCCAUAUUUCAUACCCAGAAGAUUUGGACCCAAAUUAUUAUAAUCACAACGUAAGUCAGUUGCAAAGCUACACUAAGAGGAGUGUAGUAGCACCAGGUGCAGCACUUUCUCUGGUGCUACCGCUCCUAGGUCAAUGCAUAUUGCAUUACAAGAGUAUUACUUGGAGGGUUGUCUCUUGAACCUCUGCUGUUACAGAGGAGCAGUCAGCAGCUCAGACCUGAUUCUAGGUUGACUUGCUGGAAUUCUUCAAGUUUGCCUGCCCUGGGUACAUCUCACCUGUGGGUAGGAACCAGAUGACUGCUGUCUGGAUGUUAGGUCAGGUAUGCUGCUUACGUGGUUAAGUUCUCACUGCAGCUACAUGGCAUCUACUGUACUGGAGCAAAACAUAGGUUUGGUAUGUCUUCACUUUCUGCCUGAAGUAGGAUCUAAGCAUGGAUAAAUACUCUUUGCCUUGUAACAUGUUAACAUUGUUAAGCAAGCUAGCAUCCCUCUUCAGUGCAAGAAUAAGUUGGCGUGUAGAAAAUGUCUAUCUUUUCUUAGCCAGUAGUAGUUUAACUUUCUUGUUUGAUGAGAGCAGUCAAGUUAUUAAUACUCAAUUAUGCCUAUGUUUUAACAUUAUGGAUAACUUAAAGGACAGACUGUUGAGCCAUUUCAAUCCCUGUGCUCUGAAAUUGGCUAGAAUCAUUUUCUUUGUAUAUCAAACAACUCUAGAAGCAGCUUCUCUACCUGAAGCACCAUAUAGCUUUUGAAAUGGCUUAUUCUUCUAAAAUGAAUGAAUGUUAUUGGAAAACUUACUUUGUUAUCUAAUAACAUCUUCACCUUCAUCCCAGUUUGUAUAGAAAUACACUUUUGGAGUAUAUUUAAUGUUAAUUGCUUGCAUUUGAAUCUAAGAUCUGGGCUCUGUGAUGUAUCUCCUGAGAAUUAGUGUUGAAGGAGGCAGAUGCUUACUUUCAUGUUUACUUUCUUUAGGUAACUAGAGCUCUGUGCACAUCCCUGUAUGUGCCCAGGUUUGGCAGUCCUGACAGAGAGUGGUUUUCCAUGACCAAGGGGCAGUGCAAAUUUCUCCAGGUAUUCUGACAAGGCAACGCUUUAGCCUUUAUCAGUUCAUACAAGCUACAUUUGUUUACACUGUGUUAAGAGCAGUCAUGCUGCAAGAGAGAGUAGGAGAUGGGGACGAGAUGGAAACUUUUAAACCCCCGAACCUCAGCCUGUUGUGGAAAUUGCAACGCAUUUGAAUUCAAUGAAGCUAUGGCACAUAACUGAUGGUAGGGCCCUGGAGGCUGAUACUGUUCCUGAAGAACAGUUUUUCACUUACUUUCUUGGUUUCAAUUUAUAAUGUUAGCAAAUUGUGGUUUGGUUUCUUUACUUCCUUUGAUCUGGGAGAAGACCAUGGUUUCCUCCCCAGCAAUAAAAUUAUUUAUAAGAGAAAUGCUGUAUCCCACAGAGCUCUCUUGGGGCAGUACCCUUUUGUUGCUGGUGUCUACUAUGUUCUGCUUGCUCUCGUGUGUCUACGGCUGCUGCUUAUAUCCAAAUCUGGUUGACAGUGGGGAGAAGGCACAUGGCAUUGUUCCUCCCCCUGUCCUGAGUGCCCUGGCUGCGAGGGGAACAGUUGGCAUAGAGGUCAAGUUUCUUUGUCAGCUGGGAGCUUGUGGGUCCUUCCUUCCUCCCCCACCUCCUCCCAAAAAAAGUCACCUAGCCAGGUGGCAGUGGAUAGCAACCUCCUGCCUGCUGGGACAGCAGGAAAUGGCUUAGAGCAGAGGAGAUUCCAGCCCACAUCUCAGGAGAUGUUUCUGCAGGGACAUUUUUCCUGUAGGUCGAAAUUUGUUCCUGAAUGCUGCAAGCGCUCUUAGAGUUCUCAAAACGGAUGUGCACAAAACUGAGAUUUCAGAAGUCUUGAGCCUGGUGGUGUUCUCAUGGCACCUAAAGAUUUUUCACUAGAGACCAGGGCAACUUGAAAAUUUCUAGUGCUGCUAUUCAGCUGUUUCUGCUGUUGGAGUCAAGUGCAGAGGAUAAUGUAUUUAGAAUUGUAAAUAUGUAGUUAGGUUCCAUUCUUUAACUUAAAGAUAGCUGGAGGAACUUUUUCCUAGUUACAUGGAUUUGAAAACAAUAUUUCUAAAAAUGCUACCGGAAAGAUUUACUUGCCAGUUAUAAGGCUCUCUUCUGUCCCAGGACUGGUUUGACAGUACAGUAUUGCCAGACAAAAGCUUUUUGAAAAAAGAUUUAAACUCAGAAUACGUUACAUUAAUUUAAAGUAAAAUUUAUUGUUUAUCUGAAAACAAAGGUAUAUACGUACACAGAGGAUUCAGGGGCAAGGGGGUUGCAGAGGUUUUUUGAUUUUGCCAUUAUCACCAGACACACUAAUCUAAGCAUGGAGUAGUCUGUCCCUGUGAGGUAGUGGAGCAGGUGCUAAGAGCUGCUUUGCCUACAGAGCACCUCUGCAUUUUAUUUUCCAUAUUCCCUGUAUUCUUCCUGUGUCUCCCAAACUGCCUCUGCUAGCCUUUUCCUCUCCCCUCUCACUCCCAUUGUCAUUUGUUGAUAUUUAUCUCUAGUUAGGUCUCGUAUGCUCCCUGCUGCAGGUGUGACAAUAUUACUUCAUGCAGAAGAUAUAAACUGUGGGUUUACUUUUUCCCUGUUUCUUCAUGCUGAAAUGUUAUUUUUCAGCAGAGUAUGUGUGUCUCUUCCAAGAAAAGCUGAAAAAUUGCAUUCCUCAAAACUGUUCAUUGUCUGUGGCUUUCAAACAGAUAGAGUCUACUAGUUGCCCCAGUUAAGGUUCCCUUUUCCAAAAUAGCCAUCACCUUUUCUGAAAUAUGGUGGCCCUCAGGCUUGAUGAUAAGGAGCAGACGAAUGGAAGCUGUCUUUGGUAAGGACGGAUAGUGACCUGUCACCCCAAGGGAACGUGCAGGAUGGAGCUGUUCUGAAAAAAAGGGUGACUGGUUCCAUCAACAGUAUGUAACCAUUCAUUUAUUUAACACCUAUAUAAACAGUAACAGUAUUAAUUAACCAUACUGGCGUCAGGAAUCUCUCUGUCUCCAUGCUACUUGCAAUAAUCAUUUAAUGACAGAAUAUUUGAAUAUUCAAGCACAAACUCUUGAUGAGGUUAGAGUAUAUCUGAUUGAAUACUAUGCUUUUGGGCCACACCAGGUUGAUCUGAGCACACGCCAUUUAAAAUCAAUAGCAAAGUUCUGCCAUUUCUCUGCUGUAUUUCUUUUUUUCUUUUUUCCAGGGAAAAAAAACCCAAACCUCUUUAGGACUUUCAAUUUUGAUUAGAUGUAAAGCCUUAGAUAAUUCUAUUCCUCCUGUGUCAGAUUAUUUCUAGCUAUAUAUUUUCCAUUUGUCAUGACUGAUGGGCUUAGUAUAGUUACAUAUAGUAAUUUAUAGCUACAAUAAUAAUGUAGAAGGAGACAGGGUGCCAGGAAGGGGUUAAGAAACCAGAAUUUUCAUGCCAUAGUAUUGGCAAAUUACAGAAGACUGUUCUCCUGGGGUUUGGGAUAGAAGACGUAUGAUGGGUGCUGCGAAUCCAUAAUGCCUCCUUCUCAAAAGUGCUGCUGCUAUUGACUUAGCUAAAAAGCAUUUAACACCCACUUUGCCUUUUCUGGUCAUAAACCUUUUCAGAGUGGAUAUGAAAUCUGCCUCGCUGUGUUUUGUUUUCAAAGUGCUUCUCCUCCAUCCUUGCGGUUUCCAUAGCAACCUGGGCCGUUUGUUUAAAUUGGAGCUCACUGGCCUGUCCUCCCUGCACCUAACUUCUGCUGAGAUCUUGCAGGUGGUAUCUCCUCUUCUUGGCACGUCCGAGAGUGACUGGUAAGGGUUAGAGAGGGGCUCAGCAGUGCUUGGCCCUUCCUAGAGGGCCAGUCACUCAGCAAGAUGACAGAUGGGUGCUUUCUCCCCUGUUGCCCUGUUUGAUUUACCUCAUUCUUCUUCCAUGUAAUGUUCAGUACGGCUUUGCGGAGUUACUACAAGCUCCCUUGAAGAACAGGUUAGCUGGCUGGUCUUUGGUGGCUCACGCUGGGAAGGCACGUCUUGGGAGAGCUAGGAGGUCUUGUUUUAAGUAAAGAAAGUAGGGACUGUAUUGAAGAAUUUUAAUCAGAAUAAGGAGCGAGGAGGUCUGCUGCAUGGCCCCCAUUGUUUGAUUUAGGUUUCCCGACAGAAAUAAAAACUUUGUUCUAUUCACUCAGGAGGUUUUGCUGGCUGAGCAAGACUUAGAGCAGAGUCUUACACACCACAGGGGAUCAUCCAGACAGACAGUGCUCACUGGAUCCAGAAUGAUGCUCAACUGAAAAGUUGUUUCUGCCUAUAGCUACGUGUGCAGCUGCUUUGCUGUUCACAGGAGGGUGCUACUGUGGUGGGUUGACCCUGGCUGGAUGCCAGGUGCCCACCAAAGCUGUUCUGUCACUCGCUGCCCCCCUCAGCUGGACAGGGGAGAGAAAAUAUAACAAAGGGCUUGUGGGUCGAGAUAAGGACAGGGAGAGAUCACUCACCAAUUACCGUCACGGGCAAAACAGACUCAACUUGGGGAAAAUUAACUUAAUUUAUUGCCAAUCAACCAGAGUAGCAUAAUGAGAAAUAAAAUCAAAUCUCAAAACA